AUGGAUGCCCUCCCAAUAGAGCUCGUCGAGCAGAUUCUGGGGCUGGCAUGCGCCGACGCUGGGCGGACGAUGUGUGCGCUCCGGUCCACCUCCAGAUCUCUCCGCGCGGCGUGCGACCCAUUCCGAUUCCACACAGUGGCUGUAACAACACACAGGCAGAUCACCGCCUUCCUCGCGGCCUUCACGCAGUCCUCGCCGCCGGCGCAGGCGAGCGUCCGCCACCUCUUCGUGGUUAUCUGCGGGUUCAGCAUCGAGCCGGGAAAUCAGAUCCUCCGCGCGACCGCGCGCACGGUGGAGACGCUCGCCCUCGUCUGUACGGCCAGGUACAAGGGGCUGCCCGCCCACGAUGCGCUCCUGCAGACCGCGUUCCCGCGGCUCGUCGCGCUCACGGUGCGCUACCGCGCGAUCUACCUGCACGCCGUCAUGGCGCGCAGCCCGCCCGCCCCCGUCCCGACGCUCCCCCGCCUGCGCUACCUGCACGUCGCGCCCACGGACACGGCGAGCCUUGGGUUUGCGCAGACGUGCAUUUUCGUGUUCGCGAGGUGUGCGGGGCCGCGGCUGCUCCGCGUGAGGAUAUCCCGCGUGCGCGGAACGGAGACGUUGAGUGAGGCGCUGGAGGAGGUGCUGGGGUUGCGGCCUGGCAGGGGGGUUUUGCCGCCGCUUCCGACUGGUAUUCGGUAUUUCAUCCUCGACUUGUACUGGCGCUAUGGAGCCGUGCAAAAUGUCGUGGAAACCCUGGAAACCCUGGAGCGGCGGGCGGCGGAGGAACGGGCCAUACAUCUGCGGGUCUUACACGAGAUCAGGCCCGCAGGGAAAACUCCGGUAGACUGGGAGGAGGAAUGGUUGCGCGUGCAAACGGGUGAAGUGGAUAUGCGGGCGGAGUGGCUUGAAGAUCAUGGGGAACGACUUGUGGCAGCAACCUGA